AUGGAAAUCGUCGCUUCUCAGUCUCAAUCUCACGCUUUCCAUUUUCCUCUUCGUCUCAGGUAUAAACGAUCGAGCAACAUUUCUCGACCGUCUCUAUUGCAGUUCCGUGUUCAUAAAGAACCAUUUGUUGGGUGUUCUACAUAUAAACAAGCUGUACUGAGGAAUUCAUAUAAUUCUACUCCAAAUGGUGGAUCCUGCAUUCCAAGGAAACAUGUCAAUGUACCAUGGUAUUAUUAUUUACAGGAGUUCUACCAACCCAAUCCCCAUAAACAAGUUAAAGUGUCCAGACCAGUAGCUGUAAGAUCUGAACUUGCUGGAACUGGGAUCCCAGAUUCUUCCUAUCCAUUAACAGAUAUUAAAUUAGGGUCAAAAGUUAGAGGAAUAUGCUUCUAUGUUGUUACUGCUAUUGCUGCCAUUUUCCUUAUUGUGCUGAUGAUAGCACAACAUCCUCUUGUCCUCUUGUUUGAUCAACCCCGAAGAAGAGCUCAAUUCUUCAUUGCCAAAAUUUGGGCAUCACUGACUGUUGCUCCAUUUCUGAAAAUUGAGUUUGAGGGAUUGGAAAAUCUGCCCCCUCCAGAUGUUCCUGCUGUAUAUGUUUCCAACCACCAGAGUUUUCUAGACAUAUAUACUCUUCUUACACUUGGCAGAAGCUUCAAGUUCAUCAGUAAGACCGGAAUAUUUCUAUAUCCCAUUAUUGGGUGGGCUAUGUUUAUGCUGGGUGUCAUUCCCUUGAAGCGCAUGGACAGUAGAAGCCAAAUGGAAUGUCUCAAGCGUUGCAUGGAUCUACUCAAGAAGGGGUCCUCAGUCUUUUUCUUCCCAGAGGGAACGCGGAGUAAAGAUGGAACAUUAGGUGCUUUCAAGAAAGGUGCCUUCAGUGUUGCUGCAAAAGUUGGAGUGCCCGUGGUACCUAUGACCCUGAUUGGAACAGGGAAAAUCAUGCCUGCAGGAAUGGAGCGAAUAUUGAAUCCAGGGUCUGUAAAAGUUAUCAUUCAUAAACCCAUAGAAGGGAGUGAUGCUGCAGUAUUGUGCAAUGAAGCAAGAAAUGCAAUUGCAGGCGCACUAUAA